UUAAUUAAGCAAACUGAUUGACAAACCAAUCAGGAGUUUUAAUGAGAUGAGCUUGGGAGGACCUUACAAUGAGAUAGUUUAUGCUAAUAAGGCAGAUGUCACUUCCGCUUCUUUUAUUUGCGCCAUUUUGGAUUGGGCAGUUUGCGGGCUGCCUGUGUAUUGUCUGUCAGAAGAUAAUGGGCAAAGCAUUUCUAACUACCGUGUAAGUAUAGGUACAGUUGAAGGGGGAUUUCGAUUUCAGGAGUAAAGUAGCUGACAUGUGUCCGUCCUCUGCGCUCCGGGGAACGGCCCUAUUAGUUGUCCGGUGAAGCUCGGAGCGCUCUCCGUUUCCGCUCUCUGAACAGAGGGGAGAGGAUAACCGCUGUUGGGAAGGGACCGUCGGGCUUGGGAGGUAGAGCGACGGCCGGUGUUCCUCCUGAGGCACCUGGGAGAAUUGCGCUGCGCAAGUGAGGUGUGAAGACACGGCCUCAGUCAGUCCGAGGCGGCACGGUUCGCUCAGACGGGAGUUCUGGAUGUGAAAGCAGGCAGAAUGUUCCAGCUCCCAGUCAAUAACCUCACCAGUCUACGGAAAGCCAGGAAAAAUGUCAAGAAGGUCCUGGGAGACAUUGGCCUGGAGUUCUGCAGAGAUCACCUACAGGACUUUAAAGAUUUUAACCCCCCUGAGGUGUAUAUUAAGCACACAACCUGGGAAGAUGUGUGCAUGUGGGAACCAUCCCAUACCAAAGUCCAGGACUACAGAUCAAAGCCUUUCUGCUGCUCUGGCUGCUUAUUUUCAUCCAAGUAUUUCUCAGCAUACAAGAGCCACUUCCGCAACGUCCACAGCGAGGACUUCGAGAACAACAUUCUGCUCAACUGCCCCUACUGCACUUUCAACGGCAACAAAAAGACUCUGGAAACACACAUUAAACUCUUCCACAUUCCUAAUAACAGCGUGCGGCAGGGGCCCGGUGGCAUGGGGGCGGGAGCUGGUGGGAUCAUGAUGAAGGACAGUUUCCUGAAGAGGACAGGGGACAAUGUGGAACAGGCGGUUUACUACUGCAAGAAGUGCACCUACAGGGACCCUUUAUACAAUGUUGUGCGAAAGCACAUCUACCGGGAACACUUUCAACAAGUGGCCCAUCCUUACAUCGUAAAACCAGGAGAGAAAGCAAACAGUCACAAUGGCGGCACGGCAGAGAGUAAUAACACACACAGUGUUAACAGCAACCAAAUCCACUGCAAGAAGUGUCUCUUUGUUCCCCGGACCUAUGAGGCGCUGGUCCAGCACGUCAUCGAGGACCAUGAGAGGAUUGGCUAUCAGGUCACUGCCAUGAUUGGCCACACCAGUGUGAUCGUCCCCCGACCCAAACCAAUUGUUAUGUUCCCUCCCAAAGCUCAAGGAGACAAGACCAUUAUCGGGAUGGGCCCAAAGGGAGCAGUGAUGGCCACUCCAAGGUCUCCUGCUUCACAGCAGCUGAGUCGAGCUGCUGCCGCUGCUGCUGCUGCUGCUGCAGCUGCAUCAAAGGCUGGCUUUAACUCCCAUAGUUUUCUAGCUGGAUUAAAACACGAUCCUCUAGGGUUAAAGGCUGGGAGCACUCAGCCGUUCUCUCUGGGUAACCACCAAGUCAGGGCAACCCUGCCAGGGAAUGCCCAGGUAUCUGUGCCGCUGCAGUCACAUGCAGCAAAGCAGCUCAUCUCUGCUAGUAACCUGCGGAGCCCGCUGGUGGCCGGUGCUUCUUCCUCACUCAAAUCCAACUCUCUGGGUUCGCGUGUUCAGGCAGCUGCCACCACGGUAGCCUCUGUCACAGCAAAGAAAGGUGGCUCCUCUGUUCUCGGCACAUCCUACACCCAGAAGUGGAAAAUCUGUACCAUCUGCAACGAGCUGUUCCCAGAGAACGUCUACAGCUCUCACUUUGAGAAAGAGCACAAAGCGGAGAAGGUGCCUGCCGUGGCAAACUACAUCAUGAAGAUUCACAACUUCACCAGCAAGUGUCUGUACUGCAACCGCUAUCUCCCCAGUGACACUCUGUUAAACCACAUGCUGAUCCAUGGUCUCUCCUGCCCAUACUGUCGGGCAACCUUCAAUGACGUGGAGAAGAUGGUUGCCCACAUGCGGCUGUCGCAUCCGGAGGAGAGGGUCGGCCCUCGCACAGACUCUCCCCUGACCUUUGACCUCACUUUGCAGCAGGGAAACCCCAAAAAUGUUCAGUUGAUUGUCACUACAUACAACAUGAGAGAUGCCCCUGAAGAGUCUGUGGCAUUCCACGCUCAGAACAGUACCUCCUCUAUCUCAUCAACUCUGUCUGCUUCUCUAUUAUCAGGCAAGAGGUUGAUGCCUCAGCAGCCACCCAAAACACCAUCAGGGCUCCCUGAUGUUCCUCCAAUCAAGUCUGCCCCACAAGCGUCUGUGCCCUAUAAGAGAGAUGUCGGAAAGACUCUGUGUCCUCUCUGCUUUUCCAUCCUCAAGGGUCCAAUCUCAGAUUCCUUGGCCCACCAUCUGAGAGAGAGGCACCAGGUGAUUCAGACCGUUCAUCCUGUAGAAAAGAAGCUGACUUAUAAGUGUAUUCACUGCUUAGGGGUUUAUACAAGUAACAUGACUGCGUCUACCAUUACUCUCCACUUGGUACACUGUCGAGGAGUGGGGAAGUCACAGAAUGGACAGGACAGCCGGGUCACUCAUUCUUCUCGGGUCAGCCAGUCCCAGAGCAGCGCCCUCAAACGGCCCACUUUUGACAGCUCUGACACCAGCGCACCAAAGCGAAGGAGGCCGGGACCUCCCGGAGAAAGGGCCCACCCUCGGGAUAUAAAUGGUCCAUCUGAUUUUGAAGAAGAUCCAGACGAACCUGUAGUUCUGGCUCUUGAUCCCAAAGGUCAGGAAAACAAGCCGUAUGAGGCCAGGAAGGCUUUCCUGACGCAAUAUUUCAAUCGGGCGCCAUAUCCCACCCAGCGAGAGAUGGACAAGCUGGCGUCUAGCCUUUGGCUGUGGAAAUCUGACAUCUCCGGCCACUUUGUCAAUACAAGGAGAAAAUGCAUACAGGAGUGUGAAAGCCAGCGGCCCAGUGUGUUGCUGGGAUUCAGCAUGCACGACCUCAGUAAACUUGAUCACGAAUUGGAGUUUGACAAGGAGGGCACAUACGAAGGUGGACACGGCAAACAGCGGACUUCCAGGACACGUAUGGGGGUAUCAGAACACGCUCUCCAGAGACACAGGCAACUCAUGGCUGCUAAUGGUGGAGUUAAGCAGCUACAAGAGGGCAAGUCGGCGGGGAACAAGGAAGGGACAAACACAGCGCUGCCUGUUUCCAAACCAAGUACUGUCAGCAGAGACCAAACCAAGACAAUCAGCAGCACCUUACCACAGAAAAUGCCUCUAGACCUCUCUGAGCCCAUUUCCAUUGACUCUGAUAGUGAUGAGGAAGAGCAGCAGAGGGAUGACAAGGAAGCAGGCGAAGCGACACAUAUCCAUGGCAACCAGCCGCUCACUGGAGCUAAAGAGAAACUGGAGCCAAGGACAGACCUCAAGAUGGUUUCAGAUCUGGAUGACAUGUCAGAUGAUGAUGACGAAGAUGAUGAUGAUGAUGACGACGAUGAUGAUGAUGAUGAUGUUGAUGAGGAAGGGGCACAUGUAGAGAAUGGCUUUGGCACCACUGAGAGCUCAGGGAGAGACACUCUACCCAUCAUCAUCCCAAAGUUUGUCCCUUCAUCCGCAAGAAGCCAGCGAGACGGAGCCCAGCUGGGCAAACAGCAAUCCUGACUGCAUCAGGAUGUGAUCACACCGAUAAAUCUGCCUCACCUGAACUGAAGGACAGCUACACUGGGUGACAGAGGUAAAGCAGAUGAGUCAACUUAAAAAAAGCCAUCCAUUGAUGUUAGAAAGCAGGACUCAGCGAGCAUCUAAAAGCUACAGGGGUGAUGCAAAGACGGUUAAGUUACACCAAACAAAGAUGGAAAAAAAGGUUUUUGCCUUCUAUAUUCUGUAUUACUUUGAGAUAAGAAGUUAUUAACACUGAUUUAGCCACUGAACUUCUCAGUAUACCUGAAGCGUUGUUUUGAGGUAAAUCCUUUUAAACUGACUGAUAUAAUCCACCAUUUUUCAUGUAGGUAUACUAAGACGGAGUGUAAAUUUGUACAGUCUUUUAAACAUGUUGCUGUACAUGUAUCCUUAAAUAUUUGCUAUCACCCCGUGUUUAAGGUAGCCUCAUAUGUUCUCCAUUGCUAUGCUUAAAAAUAGGUGUUGCUUUUGUGGAUUGGUAUUUUUAUGUUUAUUUUUUAACAAAAUUAGUUUUUUGGCCAAAUAAAUAUAUAUAAAUGAAAUGAACAUUUGUUUUUCUCUUAAGUAGAUUUUAUUAUUUUAUUUUAUUUUCAUUUUAUUUUUUAUUUUUUUGCAGACAGCAACAUCGCUCUGUUUUUCUGUUGGCAUUAAGCAUCAUUUCACCCAUUUUUGGCGCCUGAUGCUUAUCAGUUUUGACUAUACUGUGCUUGUUUCUGUUUCCACCGUAACAAGUUGACCCACAAGACGGGACAGUAACCAGGAUACUGGCAAGGAAGCUUUUUGUUUUGCUUCCAGAAGACAGAAUUGUGUUCUGAAUUGUGUGUACAUGUUUUUGUUUUAUUAUUAUUAUUAUUUUAUUUUUCACUUAAGCGUUUAAGAAUAAUAAAGUGCUGUAAUUGUGA